AUGGACACCGUUUACCAAAACAUCAUUAGACAAGCAGAGAACAUCAACAACAAGGAUGUCACCGUUGAAGAGAACGGUGUAUCUUACAAUGUCUACAUCAACAACGCUGUGCCCAAGGUUAUCAGCAGAGAGUUGAAGGUCAAGCUUGUCAAUCACCUCACUUCAAAUGGAUAUGUCAUUGAUGUACGAUCAGCUGGCAACAAGACCUUCCUUUCCAGACCAAAGAUGGAUGUCACAACCAAUAGCCAUCUUCUAGGUUCAAAGAAGGCUACAUUCUAA